ACGAGGAACAAAGGUAAGGCUGAUUGGCCUGAUUUCAUCGCUAACGGUCCGGAAAAGAAAGGAGGAAAAGAGACAGGAACAAAGCACCUGGCUGGAAGAGAGAAUGAAUCACAUGUCUCCCAGGUUGAGAGCUUUCCUCUCUGAACCCAUUGGAGAAAAGGAUGUUGUCUGCAUAGAUGGGAUCAGCCAUGAACUUGCAAUCAAUUUGGUCACCAAAGGUUUCAACAAGGCCUACACCCUGCUGGGACAGUUUCUUCUGAUGCACAAGAACGAAAUGGAGUUUCAGAGAUGGCUCAUUUGUUGUUGUGGUGCCACGGAGCGUGAGGCCCAGGAGAGCACUAACUGCCUGAAGGAGUGGUGCUCCUGCUUCCUAUGAACGUGUCCCUUGCUCAGCCGCCUGCGUAAUGACAUGUCCUGUACUUACGCCCAGGCUCAGAGUCGUUAUUUUUGUUUUUAACUUUAAUGAUACAUGCUUGUUUACAAAAGGUGAUUCACGAAUACAAAAAAGGACAAACACAAGAAAAUGACCCAAAGACCACAACCUAGAAGUGACUAUCAGUCCCCUUACAUCCUGACAAAUAUCUCAGCAUAUAUUUUAUAUAAAAGAAUGAACAAUUUUGCUUAAAAAAAAUGGGAAUUUCGUCAGUGUAUUAGUUAUCUAUUGCUGCAUAACAAAUAAACCCUAAACAUAGUAGCUGAAACAAUAAGUUUAUCUCACAUAGUUUCUGAGGGUCAGGAAUUAUGUAACAGGUUGAUUUCAUUGACCAAGUCACAUGGUCAUACCUAACUCCAAAGGGGCAAGGAUACUUCUGAACUCAGAAAAAGUGGAAAUAUAUCAUGACACCAAUACUCAAUCAAGGUCGUUAUUUUUUUCCCUGAAUGCCUCAUGGCUGUUCUAUUUCCUAAGUUUAUAAUAUGACUGGGAUAUUUCUAUUAAGGUCUUUUUUAACUCUCUAGCUUUGCUUCUUUAGCUCGCCCCCAAAAAGAGGCCAAAGAGAAGGAUUCCAGGUGAGCCAACUGGUUGGCCCAAAGAUUUGAAUAGCUCUAUCUACUGAGAGCUCAGGUUCUGACCGUCCAGAGCCUUUCCCCUGCUCCCUCCUGCACAGAGUAAAUCUCCACUAAAAUAGUCAUGGGAUUGGAAGUCACUCCAUUUCUCAGACAGGACUGGUUGGCAGUAGGGAAAGGAGAGAGGGAAGUAGCUUUGUCCCUCACUCUAUUUUCACAUACCUAGCUCCCCAAAAUCUCCCUCACAGACACUGGGAAUGUUUCCCAUCAGCUAUUCACUCCCUUGUGUCAA